GCCCGCCAAACUACCCCACACCCCACCACCCAGGGCUUUUCCUCUCUAUCACAACUUCACAACCCACCUUCACGCUCACCAAAUACACCAAAGUCAAUUCCCACCAUGCCACCCUCAGCCUCCAUCCACCGCACUUUUGGUGCUACAACAACCGACCCCAACUCCAAACGCCGCCGCUUCCAACCCCCGAUCACCAGCUUCUUCACCACAGCCAGCGACCCGACCGCCCACCCCUCGCCAACCGCCCACCACACCCACAACCACUACUCCACCUCCACCAGCUCCCCGACCCCGACCCUCGCCCCGAAGGUCCAGGCCUCCCUCCUCUCCGUCGGCAUGCGCAUCCGCAAGUCCAUCGCCGAAGGCUACAAGACCCACCACCAGUCGAGCAAAGCCCUCCUCUACGGGGCCCCGCCUUUCUACCACUACCACCAAGACCAAGACCAAGACCCGUCCGGCCAUCUGGUCACCACCGACGAAGGCGACGCAUUCUCCCUCCCCGCCAGCUCGCAGGAGUCCACCUCCUCCUCUGCCCCGUUCACGGGUACGAAGCGCGGCCGGGGGGACUUCGAUUCCUACCGCGCCGACAGCAAUGAGAGUGACAGUGAGAUGGAGGACUUCCCGGGCGCGGAGACGUGGGGUCAGCGGACCUCCCGGGCAGAGCCUGCUGCUGCUGCUGCUGCUGCUGCUGCUGCUGCGGUUCCUGGGAGGACGAUUCUCGCGCCGCGGAGUAAGAACAGUAGUACCCUCCGCAGGCGGUUUGUGGUUACCGGGCGGGGUGGUGCUUGCACUGCCGACGUAGGACUCGGGCCUGACUUCGAGGAACCGGCGUUUUUGAGGAGUCGGGAGGAGGUGGACGGGUAUGAGUUCGAUGGGUCUCUGGGGGCGUGCAGGGAGGUGGAGAUGGGGGGUGUUUGAUUUUGCGGUACUUGGCUGGGAAUAUUUGCCUGGGAAGGUUGGGGCGUGGGAAGAAGGGUUGGAUCGUGAUGUGGUGCUUCGGAUGGGUUCUUCUCUGAUUUUUUUUUAGCCAGCGUUGCCAUUGUUUGUAUUUCUAUCGUUUUUUAUCUAGUUGUGUUGUCGAGGGGGCGUUUACUGGCUGGUUCCAGUGAUUCUCAGGCCCAGGGCUAUGAUGAUAUGCUGGAUAGGGUUUAGUAGGGGUUUUGCUAUGAUGGGUCUAGGCUAUGCUUUUAUGGUUAUGGUUGGGGAUGGACUUUCGGGUGACGGGUUUCUUGUACUGUACAUAUUCUUAUCCUCCUUCA